UUGGACGUCGUGAAGACCCGCGUGUAAGUGUCACCCUCGAGGAUCCGAUCCGGAAGCGCACACGACACACACUCUGACCCAUGGUAUGUGCGCCUACAGACAGCUCCAAGAUCACACCGCGGUCGGCAACGAUAGGUACAAUGGCAUGGUCGACUGCUUCAAGAAGAUCAUUAAGCAGGAAGGGUUCGCGCGCCUGUACCGUGGCAUUUCGGCACCCAUCAUGAUGGAGGCUCCCAAGAGGGCUACCAAGUUCGCCGCGAAUGAUAAGUGGGGCGAGAUCUACCGCAACGCUUUCGGCACCACCCAGCAGACCCAGGCCCUCUCUGUCCUCACCGGUGCUACCGCCGGUGCCACCGAGUCCUUCGUCGUCGUCCCCUUCGAGCUGAUCAAGAUCCGCCUACAAGAUAAGGCCUCGGCUAGCAAGUACAACGGCAUGUUCGAUGUUCUCAAGAAGAUCAUCAAGAACGAGGGUGUGUUGGCUCUGUACAACGGUCUCGAGAGCACGAUGUGGAGGCACGUCACAUGGAACGCUGGUUACUUUGGGUGCAUUCACCAGAUCAGGUCACUGCUGCCCAAGCAGGAGACCAAGCGGGGACAGAUGACGAACGACUUCAUUGCUGGUGCCAUCGGUGGUACAGUUGGAACGCUUGUCAACACUCCUUUCGACGUCGUCAAGUCGCGGAUCCAGAACACUACCCGUGUCAAGGGUGUGAUUCCCAAGUAUAACUGGACCGUGCCGUCGGUGUUGUUGGUGGCGAAAGAGGAGGGAUUCGCUGCUCUCUACAAGGGUUUCAUCCCCAAGGUGCUCCGUCUCGGACCCGGAGGAGGAAUCCUGUUGGUUGUUUUCAACACGGUCGUCGAUUACUGGAAGGCGAUGGGUGACGCCUAAGUCUUGACGUGUAGAUGUUUUCUUUCGGCUGGGCUGUACGGAGAAUAGACACUUAGAUACCUGUGUGCGUGGUGGAGCUAGAUUUCUUCUCGGAAUAUAGACAUGAAUUUAAGCAU